AUGGCUCUUCCCGAUCAUCGGCCACAUGGGUAUCUGCACAUCGACUGGAGUCAUUCGGGACUUUGCCGGGCCGUACUUUGUCUCAGAAGACAACAUGGCAUUUGGGAAGCCAGUGAAGUACUGGAAACUGGAUCCCAGCAAAGUGUACUCCAGCGGUCCCAAUGCUUGGGACACAGCCGUACACGAUGCCUCGGAGGAGUACAAGCACCGAAUGCACAACCUUUGCUGUGAUAACUGCCAUUCUCACGUGGCUCUGGCCUUAAACUUGAUGAGAUACGAUAACAGCACCUCCUGGAACAUGGUGAAACUCUGCUUCUUCUCACUCCUGUACGGGAAGUAUGUAAGCAUAGGGGGAUUUGUGAAGACCUGGCUUCCCUUUGUCCUCUUCUUGGGGGUGAUCGUGACCAUUGUUCUGACGCUUCAUUUGCGGUGA